CCUUUAAGGAGCGCACUUCCGGCGCUAGACAUUCAGUCCAAGAUGGCGGACCUUUUGGGCUCGAUCUUGAGCUCCAUGGAAAAACCUCCCACCGUCGGCGACCAGGAAAGCCGACGGAAAGCUCGAGAGCAGGCAGCCCGAAUGAAGAAGAUGCAGGAGGAUGAGAAAAGGAAGAAAGCUGAGUUCAGAAAACGGAUGGAGAAGGAGGUGUCUGACUUCAUCCAGGACAGUGGUUUGCAGAAGAAGAAGUACAGCCCCAUGGGGAAGAUCGAGAGGAGCAUCCUACAUGAUGUGGCUGAAGUGGCUGGACUGACAUCGUUCUCAUUCGGUGAAGAUGAAGAGAGCCGAUACGUCAUGAUCUUCAAGAAGGAGUUUGCUCCUUCAGAUGAGGAGCUGGAGGCUUACCGUAAGGGGGAGGAGUGGGACCCACAGAAAGCAGAGGAGCGUCGUCGGCUAAAGGAGCAAGCUGUGCUGGAGGAACAGGAGGCCAGUCAGACGCAGGCGCGCGCAUCCUCUCCUAGCUCUAACUACCGGGACAAGUACAGCCAUCUGAUCGGCACCUCGGCAGCCAAAGAUGCUGCUCACACAUUGCAGGCCAACAGGGCGUACGGCUGUGUGCCCGUUGCCAACAAGAGGGACACGCGCUCCAUCGAGGAGGCCAUGAACGAGAUCCGUGCUAAGAAACGGCAGAAGAGAGAGGAGGAGGAGCACGGAGCAGGAGGCAGCAGUAGCUCCUGAGGGAUAGAUUCGCUGAGUGUGUAUGCACGUGUGUAUGUCUGUGUAGGACAGUGAAAGAAGCUGAGUGGGGGCAGCAGGGAGGUGCUUUUAGUGUUUUAAUCCCUUUACUCUGUCAGCCUGGCUGGUCUGUAUAGACAUUGUACACUAUAUACAAGAGCUGUGAAGUAACAGUGCAAAUAGCGUAACCCAAUGCCACUGUACUGUGUUAAAUUCAGACUUCUACCUGUGUCUUCCACUUUUAAGUUCCAAGCUUUCUGUUCAUGACAUCAGCCAAGGGACAUUUUCCUGUUUUAGAAUAUAACUUGAAGGAAAAUUAGCAUCUAAUGCCCCCCAGGGCUGGUGGGAAUAAAAGUGAAAAGUGUUACUUGUCUAAGGUUAAAAUGCAGUAAUGUCAAGUGUUUUUCUUAAAGCAGUUUUUAACCUGGGAUGCAGCAAAGACAGGAAAACCCCUGUACUUUUCCACCCCUCUUAAUGUUGACAAACCUGAGUUGUUCUUGCAGGUUUUAGUGCCACCUUGUGGCACCUGACAGUGUGCACUGGUUACAGGGGAGGGUUCUGCUCAAAGGUAACUAAACCAGGUGAUCUGUGACUUUUUCAGUAUGUACUUGUGUGUUAAGCUUUGUGGUCAUAUUACAUAUAAACUGCAGUUCAUAGAUAUCAGUUUAAACAAAUGAAACAUUCUGCUUAUGUUUCCAGCAAAAUCUGAUUGUACUUAUUUGUAUGAUGUCAUGUCCAUACUAUUUUGCCAUCUAACUGAUAUGAACUCUAGGAAAGUUUCAUUAAACAGUACAAGAAUAGCACACCAAUGAUAGUAUAAGGGACUAUACAAAGUAGUCAAAAGACGUUAAACACUUGAAUUCACAUGACACUGACAGGCCAACAGUAUCACCAGUUGCAGAGUGCUUUGUGUUUUAAAUGGAAAACAUCAAGAUAAACUUUGUUGCACUGUGUUUAAAUUAAUGUAUUUUACAGUCAAGAUACUUAAUCUGAAUGCUAGAAAGUGUGUAAUGCUAUCAAGUUAGUACUGUAUUCUAUGUUUUUUUUGUGAGACGGAGUAAUUUAUCAGCUGUUUUGCCUCUGUGAUGUUAAAGAUGGUCAAUAAAAUAUCUUUUAUGUU